AUGUCACAGCCACAAGUGAGCAAUGAAACAAGUGAUAGAAUUGUGUGUGAGGAUAGUCCAACGGUAUUGACUACUCCAAUGAUAACAUCAGAUCCAGUUCAUGUAAUCAAAACCGAAUUGAAACAAUGUGUUAAAACACGUCAACCGACCCAAUCACCGUUUCAGAAAUUAUUCUCAUCGGUUAAACAAGAAUUAAUGCCUGCCGAAUCACUAACAUCUAUUCCUGUGCCAUCAACAGCUGAAGUAAUGCUUGUUAUUGAAGAUAUACAAAACUCAAAGUUUUCUGACACAAUUCCUUUACUCGAUAAAACUGCUCAUAGAAGUGACAUACAUGUUGUAUCACCCGACUCCGAUUAUUCGUCAUCUAUGUUUUCGCCAAAGAAGAAAUUCCUAAUGAGAAGCCAAUCGAAUAAUGAAUUUAUUAAUCAGUCUGUAGUAUCCAAUUCUACUAAUAGUCGAAUAUCAGUGCCCGGUGAUCCAACGAAUUCGAAAUGUAUACAAAUUAUUAUCGAUCAUCAGCAGCCAUUUACAUUUCAAGUUGAAACAGAUACCAGUGGACAAUCAAAAAUCAUCCAAAAUAAAAAUGGUCCACUAUGUUCGAAGCCUGUAUCUGUUAUUCAAGCGCAUCCCGUAUCUACAUUAAACGAGGUCACAUCGAGUAAUCAAAUUUGCCAUAAAUGGAAGCGUCAAAAAAUACCACUACCACCACCAUCUUCAUCUUCAGUUCUAUCUGUGAAUGCUCUUCGUCGAAAACAAAUUCGUGAUAGUAAUCGUGAAGCCGCGAGACGAUGUCGUGAACGUCGUCGUCAGUAUAUUGAAACAUUAGAAACAAGUUUAGAACAACAAAAAUUGAAGCGUAAACAGUGUGAAAUACAAAUACAGCAACUGAAACGCGAAAAUAUUGAAUUGAAAACACAUCUAGUUGGCAGUGGUCAACAGACAUCAGUCACAUCAUACUCAAUGAAUGAUUACUAUUAG